CGAUACCACGAUACACGUACAUGUAUAAUACGGUAAAAUAUAUAGGUAACUAAUGCUCUGUCUACAUACGCUUUGCUAUCUACGUACAUACGCUAAUCUACAUAUGUAUAAAAGUGUACGAGUAUGUUUGCAUGGUGAAAAAGGUAUCAGCGCGAUAACCUCGGCUGUCAGAGUCAGCCAAUGAUUCGCUUGAUCGUCGUGUUAUUGCAUACGGUGGCACGCCGAUGUGCGAUCGCGCAAGGGAGGAGAAACGAAGAAAGAAAAUUCGUCGGGAGGAUGACAUACGGUUAAACGUGAACGAUACCGGUAGAUGCGCGUCACCGUUCGUGGCAAUCGUUGCUUCUACUUGUAGCCCGCUGAUCAAACCAAAUCGAAUCGUCCAUCGUUUCAGGAUGACAUUGACGUGUUUGGAAAAAGCAUCGUUGGUCGUAUUAGCAGCGCUUGGACUGCGAUUUUUAUUACGAGUCAGCAUUCUCGUGUGGAAGAAACUAAUAGGACCGAGCUUCGGUUUUGGUAUCGACUUGAGGACGCAGGGUAAAUGGGCAGUGAUUACCGGUUCCACCAGUGGAAUUGGAAAAGCAUACGCGGAACAAUUAGCUGAAAAGGGUCUGAGUAUCGUGUUGGUUUCACGAACCCAAGCGAAACUCGAGCAAGUCGCAGCUGAGAUCAAACAACGGUAUGGCGUCGAAGUUCGAAUCGUGGAAGCAGACUUGACCGAGGGACAAGUGGCUUACACGAGAAUUGCCAAAGCCACCGAAGAACUCGAGAUCGCUGUGGUGGUAAACAAUGCUGGGGCCAGUUACGACCAUCCCGAUCUAUUUAAUAACAUCUCGGAGGGAUGUUUAACGGAAAUAUUGCAGCUAAAUGUGGCGGCGGUAACAGGAGUCGCAAGAGCACUUCUUCCGCAACUGUUCGAACGUAGAAAGGGCGUUUUGAUAAAUAUCAGUUCGGCGUUAGCGGUUAUACCAUCUCCCUAUUUAUCCGUAUAUGCCGCUAGCAAAGCCUAUGUGCUCAAGCUGAGCUACGAUUUGGCUGCGGAAGCAGAACCAUACGGCGUCACCGUUCAAUGCGUUACUCCCGGCCCAGUAGCCACCAAGAUGUCAAAGAUCAAGAAACCGACUUGGAUGGCACCAAAGCCAGAAGAAUUUGUAAAGGCUUCGUUAAAAACGAUCGGUCUGGAAUUGUGCACGACGGGUUAUCAGCCUCAUUUCUUACUAACUGCUUUUAUACACGGUUUACAAUGCAUCUGCGAGAAAGGCGCGCUCUGGUUAACUUCCAAAAUCAUAUGUAACAUACGAAAUCGUGCUCUGAAAAAAGACAAGAAGAGAACAAGAGAGGGCAGUACGAAAGGCGCAGAUUCGAUCAGGGAGCACCAGUUACCCCACGAUAAAUAGUACAUCACGCAACGCGAUAGACAUCAUAUACUUUUAAACACGAUCGACUUCGUCUAUAGCGAAGAAAUCCGACACUUCUGCCACUCCUUUGCCACACUUUUGCCACAUGGUAUGAAACGAAAUAUUAUAAAAUUCAAUUAUUCUUUUAGAUUCAUUUCUAAGCUCUCUAAUUGUUUUUUUGUUUGUUCUCUUCUUUAUUAAUUAAUUCUUGUACAUAUAUUAUUGUUCUAUAUUUAUAACUGUUGUACAAACGAAUAAAACGUCUGAUUGUUUUUCA